AUGCAGCCACCGCCUGGCUAUGGGCCGCAGCAGCAGUACCCGCCACAGGGGUACAGCAAUCACAGCGCCCCGCCACCUCCACCAGCAGCGUGGGGCCUCCCGAUGGAGCCACCGCGUCCCGUGCCAGUGCCGGUGGCAUAUGGCCCAGGUGCAGCGCCUGGGAUGAGUGAUCCUGCUGCGCCACCUCCAUUGUACAGCCCGGAUGGGAAUUCCGCGUUUCAGUACGGGAAUGCGUCGUACGAACCACGGAAGGGGAAGGAGUCUUCCGCUGCUGACUGCCCCCCAGCCACUGACGGAGAGGAAAAGGGUGCAAAGAAUUGGCAACCCUAA